GUCAUAUAUUCUGUAAUGCGGAUACACACUUUUAAAUAUCACUUAUUAAUCACUGUCGUUAAAUUAAAUAGAUAUCUCAGUUAUUACAGCUGCUGUCUUUCUUUCACAGCUGUGAAUUUCAUCUGCGACCAUCCUGCCAUCAAGGCAAUCAGCUUUGUUGGCUCCAAUCAAGCGGGGGAGUACAUUUAUGAGAGGGGCUCUAAAAAUGGCAAGAGGGUCCAGUCCAACAUGGGAGCCAAGAACCAUGGUGUGGUGAUGCCUGAUGCCAACAAGGAGAACACUCUGAACCAGCUGGUUGGUGCAGCGUUCGGGGCAGCGGGGCAGCGCUGCAUGGCUCUGUCCACGGCCAUCCUGGUGGGAGAUGCCCGCAGCUGGCUGCCGGAGCUGGUGGGGCGCUCUAAGGCUCUGCGCGUGAACGCAGGAGACCAGCCUGGGGCAGACGUGGGGCCUAUGAUCUCUCCGCAGGCCAAGGAGAGAGUCUGCAGUCUGAUCCAGAGCGGUGUGGACGAGGGAGCCCAGCUGCUCCUGGACGGCCGAAACGUCAAGGUCAAGGGUUACGAGAAUGGCAAUUUUGUGGGUCCCACCAUCCUCGGCAAUGUCACACCUCAGAUGAAGUGCUACACUGAAGAGAUCUUCGGGCCUGUGUUGGUUGUUCUCGAAGCAGAGACUCUGGACGAUGCCAUCAACAUGGUCAACAAUAACCCCUAUGGCAACGGCACAGCCAUAUUCACCACAAAUGGCGCCACUGCACGCAAAUACACUCACGAGGUGGAUGUGGGCCAGGUUGGAGUCAACGUUCCCAUCCCUGUCCCACUGCCUAUGUUCUCCUUUACUGGAUCAAGAGGAUCCUUCAGAGGCGACAUGAACUUCUAUGGCAAACAAGGUAUCCAGUUCUACACACAGAUCAAAACUGUCACCUCACAAUGGAAAGCUGAAGAUUCCACCUUGACAAGUCCUGCUGUUACCAUGCCAACCAUGGGACGCUAACUCCAUCCAUGAACCAGAAUACCUAAACAGUAGACACUCUGUGUAGAAUUUUAGUAUUAAAACGUUAAAUAAUAAUCUCCUUUUUUAAAUACUUUAUAUCAGAUAUGUAUAUACUGUAUAGAUACUCUGUAAAUGUAAACCACUGCAGCCAAGGUUUUAACAAUGAAAAUAAUCUGUACAGCUGAGGCCAUGUCAUUUCAUUAAAUACAACACAGAUUUUAAAGCUUUGUAAACUUCAUGAAACUUUAGUGUUAUACCAUAAAUGAAGGUUGCCAUGGA